AAGAACUCUCAUAACUCCGAGGGAAGCUCUCACUACCCAAACACUCUUUUAAAUUCAAUUCCUGAACCGAAACCCUAAACCUAAAACCCUUCAAAUUUCCCCCAAAUCGAAUCGUUCCUCUCUCUCACGAAGCCCUAGUUCUUCUUCUCGAAGAUGGAUAUCGAGCAGAAGCAAUCGGAGCUCAUCGACAACUUCGUGAAGCAAGCCUCUGCUGCACCCAACGCUCCUGCACUCGCUUCCGUCGUCAUCGAAGCCACUUCUCACCCAUCCCUCUUCGCUUUCGCCGAGAUCCUUGCCCUCCCUAAUAUUCUACAGCUUGAAGGAACUGAGAAUUCUGCGCACCUUGAUCUGCUACGGUUGUUUGCCCAUGGAACAUGGAGUGAUUACAAGAGUAAUGCUGAUCGUCUUCCGCAGUUGUUACCUGAUCAGAUCCUCAAGCUUAAGCAACUCACAGUUCUUACAUUGGCUGAGACAAACAAGGUACUACCCUAUGACCAACUGAUGCAGGACUUAGAUGUGACGAAUGUUCGUGAACUUGAAGAUUUUCUAAUCAAUGAAUGCAUGUAUGCGGGAAUAGUCAGAGGAAAGCUGGAUCAGUUGCGGCGAUGCUUUGAGGUCCAAUUUGCAGCAGGUAGGGACUUGAGGCCCGGUCAAUUGGGAAGUAUGAUACAGACACUCUCUAACUGGUUGUCUACAUCAGAAAAUUUGCUUGUUUCAAUUCAAGAGAAGAUAAAAUGGGCUGAUGCUAUGAGUGAAGUUGACAAGAAGCACAGGAAGGAUGUGGAGGAGAAGGUAGAAGAAGUGAAGAAGUCUCUCUUCAAGACGGUCUUACUUACUUCGUGGCAGAAGUUACACACUGUAAGCAGGCCGACAUCGACUUCAUCAGAGGCCAUGAGGAGAUCUGCUCUGAAUCUGGUGGAGUGAUGGAUUAUGAAGAAGAUCGAACCAGACCGAAGAGGAGGCGGCAUCCAAUAUCAUAGUAAAGGAGCUCGUUGGAUGAGUGUUUUAGUUGCUUGCCUGACUUUUAUUCAUGGCAUGCGUUAACUGAGAAUAUAUCAGCUUUUGGAGACGUGUAUAUCUCAUUGGUAUUGCACUUGUCUGUCACACCACAAAGCGAGAUAGGAACAAAAAAAAUUGGGAAGGAAAACAUGUUAUUUCUUCAAGAUUGUAGUUUGGCAAUUGAUGGCAUUCCUUGAACCUUUGUUAAUCCUAUACUGAGUUGGCAAGUACAAAGCUGAGAUGGUGCUGCGGCUUUUUUUAGUGUUUCUAAAUGCUUUUUAUUGUUUUCUUUGUAUUAUACUUCAUGUUCAUAUAUGCUGCCUCCAUUGCAUUGCUAUACUUUAUGGUAAAUACAUACAUUAUAAAAAUUAGAAAUAUAUUCUAGCUUAAUAGUC